AUGGCUUUUAAGGGUUCGGAUCCACACAAUCAGACCCCACAGUAUGAGUUACCUGCAGAAAAUAAAAAGGCUAUAAAGACAGGAGAGCCAGAUGAGAUGGCUUUGGCAGAUCAUUUGGCAGAGAAUCCAGUUGAUAAUGAGUACAUGCCACUUAGCACAUACUUCCCAGACGAAGAGGUCAACUCAAUAGGAGAAGUGGUUCCAGACGAUCACCCUGUAUGGAAAAUGUAUUUUGAUGGAGCUGUCAAUAUCAAAGGAGUUGGGAUCGGGGCAAUCCUCAUCUCACCUAUUGGACAUCAUUACCCUGCAACGGCCCGACUUCGAUUCUUCUGUACCAAUAAUACGGCAGAAUACGAAGCUUGUAUCAUGGGUUUGAAAAUGGCCAUCGAUCUGGAUGUGCAUGAACUAUUGGUUAUGGGAGAUUCUGACUUGCUUAUCCGGCAAGCUCAAGGCGAAUGGGAGACUCGAGACAUCAAGCUUAUUCCGUACAGACAAUGCAUGCAAGACUUGAGCAAAAGAUUCAAAUCCAUCGAGUUCAG